CAGAAGCUUGGUCUUGCUUCCUCUAAAAUAGUUCAUAUGUUCCGUCACAAUAGUUCCUUGAUGAGACAGUUGCAACAGAGAAGUGAGCUAUGGCAACAGGAGUGCCACAGCACUAGACACUGGGGUUGGCAGCCCUACGCCCUGAUCGCUUGGCAGAGACCCUGGUGACCUGACAUGCCUGAGAGAGUGGUCCUGACCCAGGAGGUGCACAGCCAAGCAUGGAGCAGCAGGCCCGGGUUCUGAGGGAGAUCCUGACCCGGCUGGAGAGCCAGGAGGCUGUGGGUGAUGGGGAACCGAAUGGCAUUGCUGGGGAGUUUGCGAGGUUGAAAAGUCUGUCAACAAAGUACCGCAGUGACAAGGCCUACCCAAGCAAGGCAGCAGAAAAGCAGGAAAACGUCAAAAAGAACCGAUACAAGGACAUUGUUCCCUUUGACCACAGCAGAGUAAAACUCACUUUCAACACGUCGAAGAAUAAUUCCGACUACAUCAAUGCCAGUUUCAUCAAGGGGGCGUCGGGGACCAGGGCUUAUAUCGCCACUCAGGGUCCCCUGCCGCACACAGUUAUCGACUUCUUGAGGAUGGUUUGGGAGUACAACAUCGAGGUCAUAGUGAUGUCCUGUCGUGAAUUUGAGAUGGGAAGGAAAAAGUGUGAGCUCUACUGGCCUCCGAAAGGGGAGGAGUUUAUUUGCGAACCAUUUACAGUUCACUGUGAUUCUGAGGAAAAUAAAGGGGAUUAUAUAACAAGGAUAUUACGGGUGACUUAUCGCAAGUGUUGCCACACAGUGAAACAGCUGCACUAUGUGAACUGGCCGGAUCACGGCGUGCCUCAGUCCAUCCCCCCCAUCCUGGAGAUGCUGCAGGAGAUGCGCUCGUAUCAGGCCCACGACGACAUCCCCAUCUGCAUCCACUGCAGUGCUGGUUGUGGGAGAACAGGGGCCCUGUGUGUCAUUGAUUAUACAUGGAACCUCCUCAGGAAACAGAUGAUUUCUUCAGACUUCAAUGUCUACAGUUUAGUUGAAACCAUGAGAACCCAGAGGCCGUCCGUGGUGCAAACCAAGGAACAAUAUCUGCUCGUCUACAGAACCAUUAAGCUGCUGUUUCAGCAAUAUUUGCACCCCAUGGAUGCACCAACCUGGCAAAAUGAGGUGACAGCUAUGGCUGCCGUGGCUGAAAGUGAGCUGUCUGACUUGAGCAAGGAGUUGGAUAAUAUGCCACAACACCCGCGCCUGCUCGAUGAGGAGAUGAGUGCUUUACUACGUUUGCACACUCCCUUACCCUCUGCUGCAGAAAAUGGACCGGAUGAAAGACCCAUGAGCGUCUCUAAACCGCUGCAAACCAGCCAGAAACUCCCUGCAGUGGAGGAUGGGAGUGAUGACAUGUCAUCACUCCUGCAGCCACCUUCACCGGAUGUGGCAAAAGCCAUUUGUCACAUGGUGGAAGACCCCUAUUUUGACUCACCUAUGAGCUCCCCGUCGUCAGAGGAGACAGCAGCAAGCUCACCUGAAGACACCGACUGGACGCAGAGCCCUCUCAACAGUGGACCGGCUUUGCUGCUAAAUGAUCAGACCCUGAAGUUUGAUUCUACUGCCUCAGAUGUUCUGGAUGAGGAAGCCCCCCCUCCACUGCCUGAACGGACCCCUGAAUCAUACGUCCUGGCUAUGAAUGCAGAGGUCCCAGACCCAUGUGAAAUGUUAUCUCUUGUCAUUCCGCCCAACAAUGAAACUACACCAGGAAGUAGCCCCUGUCCCUCCCCCGUCCCCCCACUUCCAGAGAGAACCCCGGAGUCAUAUGAACUGGCUACUGAUCAAGCUCUCGUGGAGCAGGACACAGGGGCCAGGCCGGCUGUCAACCCGGGCACAGCAGAAGAGUCUGCAGAUCGUUCUGGAAGCUCAACGCCUGACACCAUAUUUCAGGAUGUGACUACAGAUUCUUCGAGGAGAAAACAUCUGAGAGCAAAAAAGACUUUCUCAGCUCCAAUGCUACUUGAUUAUGGACCAAACGUGACUUCAAACCUCAACCACAACGGUCUGCCCCUGGACCUCCUGACCCCCGCACACCUUCCUCAAACUGAGCACAUUGUGACUGGAGCCACAGCAGACAGAACAGCGGUACCCGACCUCACCACAGAACAUGUGGAUGAGAGAAACACCAUGCACCUGCAUUCUUCAGUACAGCCCUUACCAAAGGUGGGCCUGUCGUCUGAGUGGGACGGCACUAGUCAGCCCAAAACCUUCCUGGGUGUCAUGAUCAGGAGCAAGAGCGUUCGAACAAAGAGUUCAAGAGAAGUUCGUUUCUCUGCUAUAGAGCCCCUCACUGUGUUUCAGCAGAGCGUUUCACUUCCUGUGGUCGAGGCUGAAGGAGGAAGUGCACAAGUGGAACACCGUGACGCCGACCGCAGGACCUCUCUGAACAGCGACGGUCCAGGAAACAAAUCAGACAAGAGCAGUGAGAGGGGCAUGGUGAGAUCCAAGAGUCUGAAAUUCUUUAGACCCAAACAGAGACCUAAAACCGGCCCUCCGGAACCUCCUGCUCAGCCCGAAGCUCCACCUCAGGCAUUUACUCCCUCGUUUAAAGUAUUCAAAUUUGGAUUUGGGAAGCGUUUUGGAAAGCCCAAAGGUCCCCGGAACUAUCCCGAGACCUGGGUCUGAGGAACUUCACCCCGUUUUGAAACAAAAGCGGGCCUUUUCUUCUUCCAGCGCCAUGACGCACUUCAUUCCUUCACGUCGUCCUGGACAGAAGCAGGUUUAUCACAAAUCUGUCAAGAGAAUGACCCAAAACAGCUGAAGUGAACAGCACUUGCUUUUCUUGUUUCUUUUUUUCUUUGCAUCCUGACAAAAGGGGCAGUAGCGCCUCCUGCAGGAAUCACACGGGAAGUGUCUCAUUAGUAGCAAGAGGUCAAACUGGUUUUCAUUUGGGAAACAGUUCCUCAACAAACUACACUGACAAUGACUCCGAUGUCGGACUCCUUAAAAAAUGUACGAGAUUAAUGCGUGUGGAGAAGUGGGUCGGCUGAAGUGAGAAGUUGAACGCUUCUUCUUUUAGUGUUAAACGUUAUGCUGUUAGAUAUGUAUGAAUGCACCUGCAUGCUGUCAGCGUGAUACGGGAAAACGGGAUUUGUUCAACAGCACAUCACUCCUUGUGAACUAAGCUUGUUAUUUAGGUAGUUAAAGCAUCUUUCAUUCAACUUCUGGAAAUUGAUUUUUGAAUGAACAAUGAGUCUCAUGCAAAUGAUGCAACAGCACACAAUUAUUUAUUGAAAAAUAUUAAAAGACUAUGCAUCAUU